AACACACCCAGGAGUCAGCGAAGCUUCUCCUUGCUGAGAGUAUUAUCACAAUGCCAUCUGUGAUUUUGGGGCUCUGAACUGUGUCAUGUUCCCGUUUUUAAUGGAUUACUUUCACUUUUAAUGUGAAAAUUUAACAUCAUUCGCUUAUUAUGUGAUAGCCACCCAGGCUGCUUCCUGAAAAAUGGGAUUUCUAACCGCACUUUUCCUUUUAUUUUUGUUGUUGAUAAGCACCAGCAGAGCAAAAUACGAACCAAACUGGGAAUCCAUCGACUCAAGACCCCUACCAGAGUGGUUCGACCAGGCAAAGUUUGGGAUCUUCAUCCACUGGGGGGUCUUUUCUGUCCCCAGUUUUGGCAGCGAGUGGUUCUGGUGGGUAUACUGGUUCCUCAUAUAGGGGAGAGUGGGGUAAGUUAAGCCAAAGGGUAAGUUGAGCCACCCCCUGCUGCUUGAAAAUGGUAAAAGAAAUUGAUCAUGUGACCAAAUAUUUAGGGGAUGGGCAUCAAUUCAUGGAGUCUGUGAAGGUUAGAAGCUCAUGGGUGAAGGGGUUAGACAUUUAUUUCCCAAAAAAAAUGCAUUGUUUACUCUUGAAAUUUAAUUAAGUCUGUCAUAAGUUUUAUUAGAAUUGUGUUCAGACCAAUUCUCGGCUCAACUUACCCCACUCCAAACCACUUUUUUUGGCAUACUAUAUUAUCAAGACAGUUAUGUUUCCACUCAUUCUGUUGGUUUGCAGGGAUGCACAACAUCUAACUAUGAUUGUCUUGAUGUAGUGAUCCAAAAUAUGAAAAAUGGCUCAUCUUACCCCACUCUCCCCUACAGCAACGAAUUAACAGAGGACAACAACAACAACACUUUUACCUCACAUAUAAACUAAAGUCUUUGGACAGAUGGGACAGAGAUCUAAUCAUAAAUUUAUUCAAUAGGAUUUAAAGAUUUGAAACAGCCACUGAAGUUUUACCUUCCUAGACAUUACACCAUUAACUGAUGUGUUUAAAGUCACAUAAAGAGGGUAAAGAAGUCGUUUACAUGAUCAGGAACUUGGUAGGCGCCAUCUGCUGUUGGAGUUCAUUCAAUACAGGUGCACACAGCAUGUUUUUGCAUUUGCUUUCUGUUGCAGGUGGUACUGGCAGGGGCAAAAACUAAAGCCAUAUGUGGAGUUCAUGCAACGUAAUUAUCCUCCAGGCUUCAGGUACCAGGACUUUGCGCCACAAUUCACUGCUGAGUUCUUCGAUGCAGAAGAGUGGACAAAUAUCUUUGCAUCAUCAGGGGCAAAAUACAUAGUCCUGACCACAAAACACCAUGAGGGUAUUGUUUCUGAAACAUCUUUCCAUCCUUAUAUUUGCAGUGUAGAGAUUUAGUGCUUCACUGCAUCCCUUCAGCCAUGCAGAAGAUUCAUUUUUCGGUCGAUAUUUUUCAGGUUUUACACUUUGGGGCUCUAAAUACUCCUGGAACUGGAACGCUGUGGAUGUUGGACCGAAGAGAGAUCUGGUAGAUGAAGUGGCGAGUGCCCUCCGUGCUAAAAGCGACCUCCGUUUAGGACUGUACCACUCUCUCUUUGAGUGGUUCAAUCCUCUCUACCAGCAGGAUGCUGCAAAUGCCUUCACUACAAACUACUUCCCCUCGAGUAAGACUCUGCCUGAGCUUUAUGAGCUCAUUGUCAAGUACAAACCAGAGGUGCUGUGGUCUGAUGGGGACGAAGACGCACCUGACAAGUACUGGAACAGCACAGGGUUCUUAGCCUGGCUCUACAAUGACAGGUGGUUUAGUUAAAUUAAUUUAAAGAGUAGGCGUGUUUUCAGUGUAUUUAUCAUUAACCUAUGUUCCUUCACAGUCCCGUAAAAGACACAGUGGUGACCAAUGAUCGCUGGGGUUAUGGAUGCAGCUGCACCCACGGUGGAUAUUACACCUGUUCUGAUCGCUACCAGCCUGGACACCUGCUUAAACACAAAUGGGAAAACUGCAUGACCAUUGACAUGAAGUCAUGGGGCUACAGACGAAAUGCUCCUCUGAGUGACUACCUCACCAUCGAGCAGCUCAUAGCAGUAAGAGCUGAAAACCUCAUAAACCGCUUUAUGAAGUCAAAUAUCUAUUGAACUACCCCAUCACUAUUCAGGAUGAAAUGGCAGAGAUAUUUUGAAUGUAAAUUGUAUUUGAAAUUAUUGCUGAGCUUCCAUAUUCUCUAAAGAAUUAAAAAGUCAAUGGUUGACAUGACAAGCUCAAGUCAAGACUGUUUAGAUCAAAUGUUUUGAAGCUUUUAAGAUCAUUAAAGUGUUUUCUUCACUUAUGAAGCAGCCAUUUUCAAAAAUGUAUCACUCUUUUCAGAGAAAAUGUAGAUCUACAGUUCAAAACUAUGAGCUGUAGUUCCAAAAUCAUCCACAAGGGGGCAGGAAGAGAACUUGAGUCAUAUUUGUUUCGUGAAUUGAUGUUGGGAGAAACUCUCGGCUGAAAAGACCAAGUUUAUAUGUUUCUGCUGCACAAAGCCAGCGUAGAAACACAGGAACCAUGUCUCUUUCUGCCCAUACUUUUUAAAAUCCCUAACGUGAUCACAAUGACUUUUUUUUUCCACCAAGAUUUCCCUUCUUUUCAUGCCUGUUUUCACCCUAGUCUUUUGAACAGAUCUGCAUGUGAAUCUGCAUUUUGUUGUCUCAGAUGACGAUGAAAAAAACAGAAAAUUGGCAUGUUAAUAGACAAAACCAUAAUAAUUAUCGGUUAUGGGCAUUGUUGCCAUCAUAAUUUAGUUCUGUUAUUCAGUGCAUGGCAGGUACUAUAAAAGGACUGCUGGCUAGAAAUUAGACUGAAGGAAAAUGUCACAACUACUGAAACAAAGACAAGUAGUAUGCAGAGUAGUUCCUCGUCCUUGGCUUCACCUCCACUGGGGGCCACUUGAAAAAUGGAAGCUGCCUGUUGUAGUGCCACUUGUUAUUGCGUCUGUUUGUUGAUGACUUGUUGGUUUUACUGUUUGACAACACACUACAGUUGCAGUUUUGUGUGUUUUGCAGAAAGUGUUUCUAAUAAUUCUACAGUUUCUGCAGUCGUCAACACCAGGCAUGCCUGAUGGUGUGUUUUGGUGUCCAUGAUCAUUGACCUUAUCCUGGGCACCUUUUUUAAACUCUUACUCUCUGUGUAUUUUUAGACUUUGGUGGAGACCGUGUCCUGUGGGGGAAACCUGCUGAUGAAUGUUGGUCCGACACAUGAUGGACGGAUCGCUCCCAUCUUUGAGGAGCGUCUGAGGCAGAUGGGUCAGUGGCUGAAGGUUAAUGGAGAGGCAAUUUACAACACCACAGCAUGGCGGGCUCAGAAUGACACGGUCACUCCUAACAUCUGGUGGGUCGUGUUUUGAAUUUCCUCUGGUCCUCUUAAUGGUUUCAUCUGAUCUUUUCUAUUGACUAAUCAAAAGUAAAUAUAAAAAAACUAUAUAAUUUAUGAUCUAAACUAUUUUUCCAAGCGCUCAGAACAACCUCCAUAUUAGGACGAUAUUUGAAGUGUGUCAUUUAGUCUGAACGGACCUUCACCUCGACAGGUACACCUCAAAACCAAAAGAAGGGAGCGUCUUUGCCAUUUUAUUGGAGUGGCCUGAAGAGGGAUCUGUGAUUCUGAAUGAACCUGCUGCUAUUCAAGGACAGACUCAGGUAGGAUGAAAUCAACAGGUCAAGCUACUUGAGGUAGAAAACAAGACCAUCAGCGACGAGACUGACAAAUUUUAUAUCCUAAUUAUUAAUGCCUGAAUCUUGUGUGAGGGGGUAGGUGUUGGCGAAACAGCUGAAGAAACACUCCUGCUUUUAAAAUAUUCACCAUGAAUCCUCGAAGGCGCUUAAAGUCAGUUAUGUUAUAAGCUACACAGAUUCAUGCUGUCAUAUUUGUUUUUUAAUAAUCAAUAGUCAAUAAUCACAUUGAACAGUGAGGUUGACUUUCAACCUUGUUCACGUGUGUCUUUUGUUCUAUAAAAGGUGGCACUCCUCGGUCACGGGUCUCUGCAGUGGGAGCCUGUAAAGCCCAGUGGACUGCGGGUCUUCCUGCCCCAGCUGUCCUUCAGAUGGAUGCCAUGCCAGUGGGCCUGGACACUGAGGCUGACAGGUGCCACUUAAAACCGGAUCACAUGAAGAAGAAGGGACAGAGCUGCAGGCCAGAGGGAAGAACCCAGAACACUUUCCAAAGUGCUUUUCUUCUCACAUGGGAAUAAUCUUUUUAUUUUUUUUUUCUUAAAUGUGUGUUCAACAAAACAGGAAUAAACAUUAUGACAUAACCUUUGCUUUCUUAA